UGAUUCAAAUAGAAAAAAAAUAUGAUUGCUCUGAUAAUAGAGUGAUCGGAAAAAAGAAAAAGAACACGUGAAAUUUGAAACGGCCUUACAAGUUUCCUCCCCAUUUUGAUUCAAAAACCCGAAACUGUAGAGAAGAGGGAACACUAAACCCCACCGCUUUCUACUUCUUCAACACCCGAUAAGCAAUGGAAGACGACGGCCCAAUAAGGUUCAUCAAUCUUCUCCAUCAGUGGCGAGAGUUCCCAACCGACCAAGAUGAUUUUGUUUUUUCUUCUUCUUCCCAAGACUCUCUCUCUCAGUCCCUCUCUUCUUCCUCCGAAACCUACAUGCUCGGUUUCAUCAUUUCCAACAUAGUUGGGAUGAAGUACUACUCGGGCACCAUCAAUGGCCGAGAAAUGGUGGGUCUCAUCCGGGAACCCCUAAACCCUUACGAUUCUAACGCCAUUAGAGUUAUCAACACGAGAAUGGUUCAGGUUGGCUACAUCGAGCGAGGUGUGGCAGCCGUACUGGCGCCUUUGAUAGACUCGAAUACAAUCGCCGUUGAAGGCAUUGUCCCGAAAGGGCAAGCUUCCGCUAAAAGGUAUAGGAUUCCUUGUCAAAUCCACAUUUUUGCUAAAGUUGAAGCAUUUCCCACUUUGAAAGAGGCAAUAUUGCGAUCGGGGUUGCAGUUGAUUUCGGAUAACGAUGUGUCGUUUACCCUCUCUGAGGCUAUGGUGGUUGAGGAGAAAAAAUGUAAGAAGGGGAUGAAGAGUGUGGAUAAGAUUUUCAAGUUGGUGGAUAAGAGUUUGAGCAAGAAGGGGGAAUUGCAAGUGUUGGAGCCCCCAAAGGAAGCCAUCAAAUCAGAGCUGUUCUUGCACCAGAAGGAAGGGUUAUGGUGGUUGGCCCAGAGAGAGAAUUCCCGUGAAUUUCCUCCGUUUUGGGAAGAGAAAAAUGGUUGUUAUGUGAACGUGUUAACAAAUUACGAAACCGAUUCUCGACCGGAGCCUUUGCGCGGUGGGAUUUUCGCAGACGACAUGGGAUUGGGUAAGACUCUAACUUUGCUCUCUCUGGUAGCUUUUGAUAAAUAUCCUAGUAGUAGUAGUAGAAGUCUUCCUUUCUCGAUUGGUAGUGGAAAUGAAGAUAAGCUCGAUGAAAUUGUUGAGGAGGGUCAGGAGGUUUCUGUUUCGGGCGGUAAUAAAGGUAAGAGGGGAAGAAUGAGCAAAAAAAGUACUGGAUCGAAGAAGAAACGAAAAGUUGGGGACGCCAGUUUGAUAUUUGACAAGUCUUCUGGUUGUAAAACAACGUUGAUUGUAUGUCCUCCUUCUGUUUUUUCAACAUGGAUCACACAGUUGGGAGACCACACCAUGCCAGGAAGUUUUAAGGUAUAUAUGUAUUAUGGGGAUAGGACUGACGAUGCUGAAGAGUUAAAGAAGUAUGAUAUUGUUUUGACAACAUAUAGUACAUUGGCUACUGAGCAUUCUUGGCCUAACUCCCCUGUUAAGGUUGUUAACUGGUGGCGAGUUAUUUUGGAUGAGGCACACUUGAUUAAGAACUCUAAUGCUUUACAGAGUCAGGCUGUUUGUGACUUGAAGGCUAACCGGAGGUGGGUUGUCACCGGAACUCCUAUUCAGAAUGACUCGUUUGAUUUAUUUUCUUUGAUGGCAUUUUUACGGUUUGAGCCAUUUUCAGUCAAGAGUUACUGGCAAAGCUUAGUCCAGCGACCACUUGCCCAGGGGAACGAGAAGGGACUCGCACGUCUGCAGGUGCUAAUGGCUACCAUUUCUCUGCGAAGAACAAAACACAAUGGACUAAUAGGAUUGCCAACUAAAACUGUAGAGAUUUGUUAUCUAGAACUUUCUACAGAAGAACGUGAAGUGUAUGAUCAGAUGGAAAAAGUAGCAAAGAAUGUUCUACAGGGUUAUAUUGAUGCUGGCGGUCCAAUGUGCAACUAUACCACUGUACUCAGUACUAUUCUGCGACUUCGCCAAAUCUGUACUGAUCUAGCAUUGUGUCCUUCAAAUAUCAAAUCCUUGACCCCUUCUAAUAAUAUUGAAGAUGUAUCCAAUAACCCGGAGCUGCUUCAAAAGAUUGUUGAGGUACUGCAAGAUGGUGAAGAUUUUGACUGUCCGAUUUGCAUUAAUCCACCAACUGAUAUGGUGAUUACUCGUUGUGGUCAUAUCUUUUGCCAUGCUUGUAUUUUGAAAACUCUAAAGCACGCCAAGUCUUCUUGCCCUCUUUGUCGACGUCCUACAACUCCUUCUGACCUGUUUUCUGCUCCACCAACUUCUGUGGAUGCUGACAAUGUUUCAUCCUCCUCAAGGCCAUUUAUGUCAUCAAAAGUUUCUGCUCUUCUGAAACUUCUUGUGGCAUCAAGAGAUCAAAACUCAGCAACAAAGUCGGUAGUAUUUUCACAAUUCCGGAAGAUGUUGAUCUUACUUGAAAAGCCACUAGAAGAAGCUGGUUUCAAGACGUUGCGUUUAGAUGGAUCUAUGAAUGCAAAGAGAAGGGCUAAAGUGAUUGAAGAAUUUGGAAACUCAGAAGAAGAUGGACCAACAAUCUUGCUUGCGAGUCUAAAGGCUUCAGGAACAGGUAUAAACCUUACAGCUGCUUCUAGAGUUUACUUCUUGGAGCCAUGGUGGAACCCAGCAGUUGAAGAUCAGGCGAUGGACCGAGUUCAUAGAAUUGGACAGAAAGAGGAUGUGAAGAUUGUGAGGUUGAUUUCUCGGAACAGCAUUGAAGAAAGAGUUCUGGAAUUACAGGAGCGAAAGAGGAAACUUGCGAAAGAGGCUUUUGGUUCAAAGGAUAGGAGAGAAAUAGGGAUCAAUGAUCUUCGCACCCUAGUCUCUUUGAGCUGAAAAUAUGAGCAUGCUGACAUACCUGCUUGAUAAACAUGUACAUUUUUUUUUGUAUAGAAGAUCGGUGCAUUUCUUUUGCUAGAAACAGAUGCCAAAUCUAUCUAUGAUAGACUUACAUUUUUCAUUGCUUUUCAUGGUAACAUAAUAGAUUGUUUAUGAAGGGGGUUGGAAUGGAAUGUUCAUAGUUCAAUUAUAGGUUUGAGGGUUAGAUUGACAAUGCUUAACUUUGUAAGUAAUCUUAUUUGAACUCAUUUCUUUUAUUUCAA